AUGACAUGUGAUAAGGUUCCGGCACAAAUCCAAAGAGAAAUGCACAAUCUACUACAAGAGUAUAUGAAAUCCAAAACAAAUAAGCAGAGAAGAGAGUUUGAUUCUGAACAAGAAAUAAUGAGAGAUAUAAAUCGUUGUGAUUCUGAUGACGAGGAUGAUCCAAAUUUGGUUAUGGGUAUGCGGCAUAGUCGAAUGCAACAACAAUUCAAAAGAGAUCGUGAUAUGUUGAGGAGGAGAAGUAGUAACUAUGAAGGUGGUAGUUGCAGUGGGGUCCCUCGAAUGAAUAGAUCAUUUACUGUUAGAGAAGGAGGUCAACAACGAGGUAGGGAUAGAAUGUAUGAACCAGUAUCCACUCCUGCAUCGAGGUUAAGAGCAGUGGAGAUUGAUUUAGAAAAAAAUGAAAAGGUGAAAAGACAAAGAAAGAUCAACACUAGUGGGCUAAAUAGGCAAAAAAAGAAAGUUCUGAAAGCAUUUGGUAAUUGGAUCAUAGAUAACAACCAACCAUUUGCCGCUGUUAAUUCGGCAUUUACUAACCCGUUAAUGAAUGUCAUUCGUGAAACUUCAGUUGAUGUCAGAGCUCCAUCUGCAUACGAGCUUGCAGAAGUAUAUCUCCCAGAAGAAUGUAGAUUGAUGAAUGAAUAUAUAGGCACAUUUGCCAAGGUGUGGGAUGAGAGAGGUGUGACAAUAAUGUCUGAUGGGUGGACUGGUACAACCAGAAUGCACAUUUUGAAUUACCUUGUGUAUUCCCCAUGUGGCACGAUAUUUCACAAAUCAGUUGAUGUCACCAAUGUGUCAUCAAGAAAUGUUGACUACUAUUUUUCUUUGAUGAAAAAAGUAGUAGAAGAAGUCGGACCAGAUCGAGUGGUCCAAGUAGUGACCGAUUAUGAGGCUGCCACGAAGGCUGCAAGAAAAAAUCUAAUGGAAGCUUUUCCGCAUAUAUAUUGGACUCCUUGUGCUGCUCAUUGUAUAGAUCUUAUAUUGGAAGACAUAGCGAAGAAGUCUUCAAUCAAGGAUGUUAUAUCACAAGCAAAGUCGAUAUCUAGCUUCAUCUACAAUUCGACUUGGUGCGUGAAAUAUAUGAAAAGGUUCACCAACAACCGAGGGUCUUGCGGGCUGGCAUCACUAGAUUUGCGACAAAUUUUGUGUCGUUAG